AGGAAGUGUGCAGCCAGACACUGCGUUCACACAUUUAGACUCUGAGCUUCAUACUGAAACGGUCAGAACAGGGUGUUCUGCUGCUGGUCCUUUAGGGUCUCUGCAGAUCCAGCCUAAGUACACCUGACUGGGCCAACAGUUGUCUGGUUGGAAGCAUCUUUACAGGUCUAUGUAUGAUGACUGGCCUGCCUGCACUUUAGUUCAGUGUUCUCUGAGAAUGAGUGGAUAUGUAUCAGUUUAACAGCUGAAGUAGAGCACUGCAGCUUUCUUCCUGGAUCACCGGAAUGGGAAAUGCAAUUAAAAGCCAAAAGGGGCAGCCUGAUGAGAGCCAAACUGAAGCACUAAAAGUCACAGAUUAUGAUAACUUGAUAGUACUCGCUGAUUACCCAUGCCGUGACAUCAGCGAGCCGAUCUUUAAGAUGGGGGAGAGACUCCGGGGUCUGUCUGAGGACGGCUGCUGGUGGAGAGUUCGCUCUUUCCAGACAGGAACUGAGAACUACAUCCCAAAUAAUCAUGUGGCCAAGGUUUAUCAUGGGUGGCUGUUUGAGGGAGUGGCAAGGCUAAAAGCGGAGGAGCUGCUGCGCUUACCCGGCAACGCAGUCGGCUCGUUUCUCAUCAGGGAGAGUCCGAGUCAACGAGGUAUGUAUUCUCUGUCUGUGAGACACAGAGCAAUUAAGCACUAUAAGAUCUUCCGCAUGGCCAACAGUUGGUACUACAUCUCCCCUCGCCUCACCUUCCAGUGUCUGGAGGACAUGGUCAACCACUACUCAGAGAGCUCAGAUGGCAUCUGCUGCGUUCUUACUUCACCGUGUCUGUCUCUUUCUACUCCUGCCACGAACCUGACCACACAAGCGCCCCCUGUGGUGAUGCGGCGUAACUUUGACUGGAAAAAAGUGGAAAGGUCCCAGCUGUUGAAUCCCUCUGAACAAAGUGAAACGGACAGCAGGCAGAACAUGGUGAGCUUUGGGGUGAGGAACAGCAUUGCUGCCUAUCUCUCAGUAUCUGAUAUAGAGCAACAACGGCCAAAAUCACACAGAAACAAGAAGAGCAAGUCUGUCUACGUGAUGCCGGACUCCAGCAGUAUGGAUAUACAGGAGGACAAUUAGUGCAUGCACAGAGAUGUUCAGAGCUCAUGGAAGUACUUACCGAGACGAUGUGAAGGAGAGACAUUUCAGUCUUUUUAUGUAAACACUGAACCUCUGAAUGAAUCUUUCAGUUAAUAUUAAGGGAAGAUGGCAUAAAUAUUUAAAUAUUUGAGAAUUGUGGAUGUAGAACCACCAGAAUGAUUUACUGAGGGUGCGCUAACUGUUAUACAUAUGUAUGUGUCUGUAUAUAUAAAUAAUAGUAUAGUACUGCACAACCACACACACACACACACACACACACACACACACACACACACACACACACACACACACACACACACUCUUCUUAGACCCUCAGAGGCACUUUAUUCAUGACUGUGGGGAUAGAAAAUAAAGAGAUGAGAAUCAUAAGGACACUCCAUCUCAAAUACUAUACUUUUCUCCAAAAUCUGAGCUGAGAUUAAAACAUAAGCCUGGAUUUUUUGUUUUUUUCUUUUGGACAAAAAGAAGAGAUUUUCAGCGAUUUUCCAAACGUGUUGGCUUUUUCCUUACACAGGAAUUAAGGCAUUGUGCUGAAUUGCAGGAGAGGAACACACCGUGCCUCUGUCGAGGCAAACAUCCGCACACUCGGACCGUUUCUUGGCAGACCUUGGCUCUUCGUUCUGCUCUGCUGUUUGGAUGAAGUGCUUUAAACUCCUUAAAGCCUCAUGAUCUCCAAAUGGGGUGUUGAUUAGAGACAUUUGUUUGUGUCAAGCUUCCAUCUGAGAUCACUUAAGCAGCACUUCAAGUGGAGCUAAAAUAACUUCCGAUCACUUCUGCUUUAUUACAGCUUAGGGACACAUGAUUGGUUUUCUUUAAUGCACAUUUAGUAAAGUUACUCAUUCAUGGUGUUUAUUCAAUGUCAUAUUUCACAGUGUCACUGCUUGGUGUAUGUACAGACUCUGCAAAGAAUAGUUUAUAUCUGAAGUUUGCUUCUUUAGUGUUGCACUGGAACUACAUAAAAUAUAUGCACAUGCACACAAAAAUGAAAAGGCCCAAUUAAAAUGAUAAAGUAACUGAAUACAAAGCAUUUUUCAGGUAACUCAUCUACAAUACAAUGCAUACUGAAUUAGUAAAUGAGCUGUAGCUGACAUGUCUUAAAUACUGUGUAAGAUUUUUCCUGUGCCCCUCCCACAGCAGUUUGUGUACUGCUAAUUCCAAUCUGCAAGUUAGGAUUCAUGAUUUCACAUGACGUUCCCAGACUGGGAGGCUUUUGACAAUGGAGCUCUGAGCUCUUCUUGCAGGGGAUUUGAACAAGUGUGACAUCCUCACACUUGAUAAGCAGCAGCUAGACCUUAGGGCCACCCUAGAGCUGUGAAAUGAAACUUCCUGUCACUUUUGAGUACAUAGAGUUCUAUGUUCUUUCUUGAACACAGAUAUGUAAUUUUUCUCACAGUCCUAGAGUCCUAGAGUUGUGCAACAGUCUAAUUACCUUCUUGUCAAGAGGCAGAAGAUCAUAAAAUCAAUCCUAUCAACACCACAAUCCUACAUAUUCAGGAUUUUAAAAUAGAAAGGCCCUCCCUCAUGUGAAAACACAUCUUACAAAUUAUUUCAGCUGCAGCUCUAUUUAAUAUGCAUUUUUUUUUAUACCAAAUGGAGAUGCAGAACAAACAUGUUGGAUGACUGUGCGAUUAUACCGAUUUGUUAUAGUUUAAAGGUCCAUAGACUUGUUUAACAUAAUGAAGUGCUGCACAGAUAAUGUAGAUUGUACUGGAGAUUUAAAUCUACUGCCGUAGCAACUGUACAGUAGUGACUUGUGUUGGGUAAGCUUUUGUUGAGAUAUACUGAGAACAGAUCUCACAUCUGAGAAAACCACUACAGAGCGCUGAGCCUGUACUUUGGUUUCUCACUCUGCUGCUUCACAGAGUGUAGUUACAUCAUUUAUAAGGUUAUAUUACAUUUAUUAUAUGCAAUAUAAUAUAGUAUAUUAUUGCAGUAACUGUAGUAAAACAAACUGCUAAUAAUAAAGGUUAUUUUAUGGGCUAAUGGGGUUAAAGAACCAGAAUGAAUGAAUAAAAGUUGACCUCCAAUAUGAGGAA